CUCGACUUCAUACUUUCGAUCUGAACCGGAAAUAUGAAGUUUACUCUCUUUUCCUCUGCCUUGCUCGUUGGCUUGGCUGCUGCCAGACCUUCCUUCGGAAGCGACUCUCCUCAUUGGAGGCCAGCGGGAAAGGAUGACUUUCGAGGCCCUUGCCCCAUGAUGAACACCCUGGCAAACCACGGAUACCUGCCGCACGACGGACGACAAAUCACCAAGCAGAAGCUGGUUGAGGGCUUAGGCGCAGGACUCAAUUUCAAUUCCUCGCUUGCCGAUCUGAUGUUUGAAAUGGCCAUCGUGGCCAACCCGGAGCCCAACGCAACCUACUUCACCCUGGACCAUCUGAACCGACACAACGUGCUUGAACACGACGGAAGUCUGAGCCGCACGGACGCCUUCUUCGGCAGCAACCACAUCUUCAACCGCACCAUCUUCGAAGAGUCCCGGGCAUACUGGACCAAGCCCGUCAUCACGGCCGAGAUGCUCGCCAACAGCAAGCUGGCGCGGCAGAUCAGCUCGCGCGCCACGAACCCGACAUACACGUUCGGCGCAAUGACGGAGGAGUUCAGUCUCGGCGAGAUCGCCGCCCCGAUCAUUGCGUUCGGGGAUAUGGAGUCUGGAACGGUGAAUCGCUCCUUGGUGGAGUAUUUCUUCGAGAACGAGCGCCUGCCGUUUACUCUGGGGUGGGCACGGUCCGGGGAGGUCAUUAGCCAAGGGGAUAUUGCUAAGGUGUCGGAGAUGAUUCGCAACGCGACGAGCCUGUUGACGGGGGAUAAGACGGCGAAGGCGCGUCAGGCUCGUGAUUUGCACUCGAGCUUUCGUGUCUAGGCUGUAAUUGAGACAUCAGUAGAGAUGGAAUGUGAAAGGCAGCAGAGUUAAUCAGGAAUGUGGAGAAAAGGUGAUGACUGCGUUGUGGAAAUCUAUUCCGUC